AUGGAUCUCGUCAAAGCAGAAAUAGCGAGGCAACGUGAGAAGCUAGUUAGCAGCGGAUUGUGUGAUAAAAAGUUCUUUAAGCGUUCACUGUUAAAACAAAAGGAAGAAGAGGAAUAUUUCAGCAAAUCCAAACGCAUUAAAGAACAAGCGAAUAACAAUGAGGAUUAUGAUUUUAGAAUUAAAACAGAGGAGGAGGAUCUCUUGUUGAAAAAGUUCGAAGAAAGAAGUCGGGAAGAAAGAGAAAAAGGGAAGCUUAUGCCUCGUAAAGAAGUUAUUCGUCUUCUAAGGGAACGUAAUCAACCCAUACGAUUAUUCGGUGAAAGUGACUAUGACACUUUCCAACGGUUGAAAAGGGUUCAACUUUUAGAACCUGAAUCAAAAGGAUUGCGCAAUGAUCUAAUUGCAGCAUUAGAUAAGUUAGAUGACGCUGAGGAUGAAGAGUUUUAUACUUCAGGUCGUGGAAAAUCAGCUUCUGAAUCUCAGUCCGUUGAUAGCUCAUCAACCUCUACCCUAGAUGUAAAAACAAAAGAAAAUGUAUUAACAGAAGACGAACUUGAAAAGAUAAAGAUAGAUUUAGCCCGUUAUGUCACAAUGAAAGAGGGUACUGCUACUGAUGACGCAACGACUGCGGUUGUUACUAUUAGUAAACUUGCCCCAGAUAUUGUAUGUACCAAUGAUUUUGACGAGGGUUUUCAUGAUCAAGUGAUCGAUCACACCCUUCGCUAUUUGAAGUUCCUCUUGUCAAAAUGGGGUCAUGCUUUGAAUACUAGAACUAAAGAAGAAAAACUAUCUUAUUCUGGAAAAAUGGCUAGUGCAACAUAUACCCAAACAGUAGAGUAUAUUAAACCACUUCUUCGUACACUUCAGAAUAAUCGUUGCAAGGAUGAUAUUUUGAAUUCUUUGGUUAAAAUCAUGGUUUUGAUGAUUGAUCGGAACUACCUAAAGGCCAAUGAUGCUUAUUUAGAAUUAGCAAUUGGUAAUGCUCCUUGGCCGUUAGGUGUGACAAAUCAUGGUAUUCACUCACGUACUGCGCAAGAAAAAAUCUAUGCCAAAAACGUAGCACACGUUCUGAACGAUGAAACACAACGUAAAUAUAUUCAAGCUAUAAAAAGACUAAUGACACAAUGCCAAAAAUUUUUCCCAUCAGACCCUUCAAAAUCUGUAAAUUACAUGGGCACUGUGGGGUAA